CCUGUGAGACAACAGUGUAUUGUCCCACCUGCACUGACUGCAGAGAUACAAGAUGAGUGGUGUCAACGUGGACACGCGCACACUCUGCCUCUUUGAUGUAGACGGAACUCUUACAGCCGCAAGACAGCUUGUGACCCCUGACAUGAAGAAGUUCCUUGACAACCUAAAGACUCGGGUUCGAGUUGGAGUGGUAGGAGGGUCAGACCUCAGCAAGAUCAAGGAGCAGCUUGGAGAUGAUGUGAUCCAGAGAGUGGACUAUGUGUUUGCUGAGAAUGGCCUUGUGGCCUAUGUAAAUGGACAGUUACUUUCUAUCCAGUCCAUCCAGGCCCACAUGGGAGAAGAGCUACUGCAAGAUUUUAUCAACUUCUGUCUCAAUUACAUGGCCAAGAUCAAACUGCCUAAGAAGAGGGGAACAUUUAUUGAAUUUCGUAACGGCAUGUUGAACGUCUCCCCGAUUGGACGCAGCUGUACGCAGGAAGAGAGGAAAGAAUUCUAUGAGCUUGACCAGACAGAGAAAAUCAGAGAGAAGUUUGUGUCCGUAUUAAAAGAGGAGUUCAAAGGAAAAGGUCUCUCGUUUUCAAUUGGUGGACAGAUCAGCUUUGAUGUGUUUCCUGAUGGUUGGGAUAAGAGGUACUGUCUCGGGAUUGUUGAGAAAGACAACUACUCAACCAUUCACUUCUUUGGAGACAAGACCAAACCUGGAGGAAAUGACUACGAGAUCUACGCUGACCCGCGGACCAUUGGCCAUGAAGUCUCGUGUCCAGAGGAAACUCUACAGCUUUGUCAGAAGCUUUUCUUUACAUGAGAGAGAAAUGAUGGGACAGAUUUUAGGAUAUUUUGUUUGUUUGUUAGAAAUAUUUUUAGUUUAAUAGUCGACUGUAGCUUGGAUUUGUCAUCCUGUAUACUGCUUGCUAAUAUUAUCUGAAUCUGAAUCUGAUUUUAUCCAAAACCCAACUCCCAUGUGACCCACUGUGAGUUAGUGACACUUACCCUGACAAAAGAUGUCGUUGUAUUGUGUGCUGUGAUCAAUCCUCUGAGGAUAACCAGCUGGGCACACGUCUCUAUUUAGUCCAUCAAAUGUUUUUGCUGAAGCACAGAUUCCCUUUCCUUUUUUUUUUUACUAGUUUUCAUUGGUUUCAUUCUUUUUUUCAGCCAUGUUUAUUGUCACUUGUCACUCGUCACUAGUACACUUCCUGUGUACUACGCUGAUAUCUCCUCUACAUUUUCUUUAUUCUUAUGGAAAUUACACCAGUUAGGGGUUGACUGACUGAGACUUAAACUACGCUUUAGAGAAGAAAAAAAAGGAAUAAAAGCAUCAUUGGGCUGUUUUAUCAAAGUAGACAGCAGUGGAUGAAUCCAACAACAGGAUCAAAAUUUUGCAAGACAUAUAAAUAAGAUAUUAUGUAUAAUGUUCAGUAAUUUAUAGAUAAUAUAUUAUGGCACCUUACUUAAGAAUUCUGCAAAUGUAUCUGAAAAGUAAUAAUGUUUGCAUCACAUGUUGUGAUUAUUCCUCCUGGUAAAUAACUUGUAAAAAGAUGAUGCUGUUAAAGAUUUUAACUUUAUGAAAAUUAAAUACAUUUAUAUCAAUUUACAUACAUGCAUUAACCCUCCUCCAAAUCGAACACAUGGCAGUAUACAAAACAACAUAAAUAAUACAAAUAUCACAUAAAUGGCUAAGUUAAAAUUAAAACAUAAAGUCAAGGACAAAAAAAAAUGAAAACACUAAUUUGGUUUAAACAAGUAAAGAAAGAAAAUAAAAUAGUCACAAACAUGGAGCAGAGUACAGCACACAUUCCUCACAACAGAUAAGUAACCUCACACUACCAAUGCCUCUUCAAUGGCACCCUUUCUUACAAAGUCCAAAAACAUCUCCCAUAUACUGUAAAAUUGAGAAACCUUAUCCGAACUAUACAAGUUAAUUUCUCCAGAGCCAAACUUGACGUUAGGUUUUUUAGCCAGUGGACUAGAGAGAGGCUACGAACAUUUUUCCACGACAGAGCGAUUGAGCGCCUGGCCUGUAGUAGACAUAGGUCAACCAUUUUUCUUUCUCUAUUAGAAAGAGAACAAUUGUCUGGAUAGAUGCUCAAUAUACAGAGCUUAGGACUUAGAGGUACUGGAGACAAGGUAAUUUGAGAGAUAUAUUGUAUCACCCAACUCCAAAAUCUUUGAAUGUCCUCAUAUUCCCACAAACAGUGAUAUAAAGUACUUUGAUGGAUAUUGCACUUAUAGCAUCGGUCAGGAAUAUUAGGAUCAAAUUUGUUUAACUUCUCGUGGCAAUUUCUGCAAUCCCAGUACCAGCGAGGAAACGAGUCUCAAAACUCUUACAGUAUUGUCACCUUCCUUUAAUGCUCGAACAUGGUGCAUACGACAGAAGUUAGUUUUGUAAUAUGCACCCAGAUAGAAAACAGUUCAUUACUUUUAUACAUUCGGCUAACCCCUCCCAUUCUGGGGGGGUGGGUUAAACAGUCAAAGGUUGAGAUCCUAUGAUCACAUGAAUACAACAAUGCCUAGUCGAGAGCAAUCAAGCCAAAAUACAUUCAGUAGGACAGGAAACAUUAUGAUCAAGGAUACAUUGUCUGGAGAAAAUUAAGGUUACAGUGUCUAGAGAUUCAAUCAUGAUCAAAGGGGAAAUAAACAUGAUUAUUAUGGUCAACUGUUAUAUUUCCUUUACAAACCUUUGAACAUAUACCCCUUUCUUCCACUAAAAUGUCCUCCUGUAGGUCCCCUAUC